AUGGUAAAGUUUUAGAAAACUUCAGUGUAUUUUUAAAAAAAGAAAUUAUGACAUUACAGUACUAUUUUUAUUGACAAAUAUCAAAUUUAAUAACAAAUAAUAAUGUUCCUAAAUGUGAAAUAUCGGUUUGUAUAUUCUAACCGCAUCCGUCAGUUAUUGAGUUGCCAGUACUUCACGAUGUUGCAAUCUUACUGGAGAACUGAUCUAUUUCGUAAAUACCAAACUUCAUGUUUAAACAAAUAUAGAACUAUGCCUACUGGUAGACAAGAUGUGACCAACACCAAAAUUUCUUCUAGAUCUGGAUAUUUGAACUAUGUUUCCAGGAAAAUGUCAGCAAAAUACGGUGUCGAUAGACACUACGAAUAUAAACUUCAACCAGAUAUUGAUUUGAAUAACCAAGCUAAAAUUUUAAAAGGAAUCGACAAAGCAACUGAUGGAGCAAGGAUAUCUAGCUUCUGUGCUGACAAUAAAUUAAUUAGUGUUUAUCAAGAUGUUACUACACUGUAUGAAAGUUUCCAAAGGGGACUCCGCAUUUCAGGAGACAAGCCUUGCCUGGGCUGGAAACCUUCCCCAGACAAACCAUAUCAAUGGUUAACAUAUAAUGAGGUCAAUGAAAGAGUCACAUCCUUUGGUUCUGGACUGGUUUCUCUUGGUUUAAAGCCUCAAAAUGAGACACGAGUUGGAUUGUAUGCCCAGAACAGACCAGAGUACGUAGUGGCUGAUCAAGGAUUUUUCCGACAGUCCAUGUGUGGGGUUCCCUUGUAUGAUACACUCGGAUUAGAAGCUUGUAACUUUAUUAUAAAUCAAGCUGACCUCUCCACAAUAAUAUGUGACAACAAUGCAAAAGUUACAGCAUUACUUGAUAGACGAAAACAGUUUCCUGUAUUGACACGGAUUAUUUUAAUGGAGAAAAUUACAGAAGAAAAUAAGACAAGAGCAGCUCAUGAUGGAGUUCAUUUAAUACAGUUUGAAGAUGUUGAGAAGUUGGGCAGAGAAAACCCAGUUGAUGCUAAACCCCCCAAACCCAGCGAUUUGUGUUUGGUGUGUUAUACAAGUGGCACAACAGGUACACCUAAAGGCGCUAUGUUAACUCAUGCCAACAUUAUUGCAUGUAUUUCUGGGGCUUUGAUAUUCAUGGAGAAAACUGGGGUAACAGUCAGCAAAGAGGAUUCAGUAAUUUCCUACCUGCCACUAGCACAUUGCUAUGAAAGGUGUAUAGAGGCAGCCGUCUUAACAGUAGGUGCUCGCAUUGGAUUUUUCCAAGGUGAUGUCAGAAAGUUAUUAGACGAUAUGAAAGAACUCAAACCUACCCUCUUUCCAACCGUGCCUCGAUUGUUGAUUAAAAUUUAUGAGAAGGUAUCAACUGGUGCAAAUUCCAGCAAACUCAAGAAGUUCUUGUUUGAUGUGGCUUUGAGCAGUAAAAGUAAAGAACUGAAACAAGGAGUGAUAAGAAACAACAGCAUAUGGGAUAAAAUUGUUUUUGGAAAGGUCCAAGAAGCCCUUGGUGGUCGUUUGCGUCUCAUAGCAACAGGAUCAGCCCCCAUCUCCGGGAAUGUGUUAACUUACUUAAGAUGUAUUAUUGGCUGUCCUAUUGUUGAAGGCUAUGGACAAACAGAAAAUGCUGCUGUCUGUUCAUACACAUUGCCUGGUGACCCAGAAACUGGCCAUGUUGGACCCCCAUUACCAAGUACUAUGGUUAAGCUAGUCGAUGUUCCUGAAAUGGGUUACUAUUCCAAGAACAACAAGGGAGAGAUAUGUUUAAAGGGUGGCAACAUAUUUGUGGGUUAUUUGAAGGACCCUGUAAAAACCAAAGAAGCUUUAGAUGAAGAUGGCUGGCUACAUACAGGAGAUAUAGGAGAAUGGGUUGCUAAUGGGACAUUAAAAAUAAUAGACAAAAAAAAUAUGCUGAAACUUGCACAGGGAGAAUAUGUGGCACCAGAAAAGAUAGAAAAUAUUCUUGUUGAAUCACAGUAUAUUGCUCAGAUUUAUGUUUAUGGAGACAGCCUACAGGCGUUUUUGGUGGGGAUUGUAAUUCCAGACCCAGAAACAUUUCCAGCUUUAUGUAGAAAGCUUGGCAUUAAUGGUAGUAUAAAGGAGCUCAUUCAAAUCAAGGAAGUGAAGAAGGCGAUUCUUAAAGAAUUAUCAGACUUGGGAAAGAGGAGUGGCCUGUCAUCACUUGAGAUUGUGAAAGAUAUUCACAUACACCCUGAACUUUUCUCUGUUGAAAAUGGAAUGUUAACUCCCACAUUCAAAACAAAACGCCAGGAUGUUUCUAAAUACUUCGCUAAUGAGAUAAAAGAAAUGUAUGAUCAUGCAAAUAAAAAGCAUAGAGCUUGAUCAUUUUAUUUUCAAUAUUUAAAACAAGUGCUUUAUUUAAAGCUGGACUAUAACUAUUACUAUACUAUUAUUAUUUGUUAUGUUAAAUGCUACAUAUAAAAUACA